CCCAGGGCCGGUUCUGAGUAGAUACAGAACACCUGGUCGACUCGUGUUGGGUGUUGUUGGGGUUGCAUUUUGGUCUCAGUUCACUACCAUGGCUGGUAGUAGUAGCCGCAAAUCUUUCUUUGCCUCUGCUGGGCAAAAGGGUUCGAUUGAUCAGGUGUUGAAGAAUGUGGCAUGGCCAGAACAAAUUCCAUUCAAGGAAGUGGAUUUUCAACGCUCUGACGAGUCACCAGAUAAAUCAUUCUAUGAAUCUCCACGCUUUGUGACACAUAUUGAUGAUCCAGCCAUUGUUGCUCUUACUAAGUAUUAUUCAGAGGUUUUUCCUCCUAGUGAAACUCCAGGAGUAACUAUCCUUGACAUGUGUAGCAGUUGGGUCAGUCAUUUCCCAGCAGGAUACAAGCAAGACCGGAUAGUAGGAAUGGGUAUGAAUGAAGAAGAGCU